AUGGAAUUAACGAAUUCUGGAGACAGGCCGCAGUACCGUUUGGCCGACCCGUCUGAGGAUGAGGUUGUUGCCCGUAUUCUCUACAACUCCUUCCUCCGCAACUGGGAUAUCAACUGGUGGCAGAAUCUGCAGGAACAUAUUCCUCCUGUUGAAUCUGCACCGCAGGGAGAUGAUACUUCAAUAUUGGAGGCUCUUACAGCGGCCCAGCAAGACCGUCUGACAUUCUACCGUGCGAUUGUCCGCCUUGUACGACUCAUUGGAGGCAGCAUAUCCGUCGCGGUUCCGGCAGGUAGCUCGCAGCCGGCGGCGAUGCUUUGCUGGCUCCCACCGAAAGUCGAGGUCACAACCUACGCGGUCCUCCGAAGUGGAUUUCUCUUCGCCUUACUUCGGCUGGGACGAUUCAUGGGGACAUGGAAUUUCCUAUACUUCGAGUCUAAGCUAUCCGGUCUUUACGAUCGCUGCUUACGCCCUCUGGGCUACAAAAGUCGACACGAAGGAGCAUUCGUGCAAAUUCUUGGGACCGAUCCGGCACAUGCAGGAAAGGGGUUGUCAGCCGGCCUACUACGAUGGCAGAUUGAGCAAUACCGACAGCAAUGCCUCGAAAAAGACAAUUUCACGCCUGUAUUCUUGGACACUGCGGGAGAUUAUCAGCAGAAACUGUAUGAGAAGAUGGGUUUCCGGCCACUGGGCAGGCAAAAGCUUCAGGUCAAAGUUGACGAAGGGGGUCUAAAAUGUUCGACCGGAGGGCCGCGAGACUUCUUUCUAAGGGUUAUGAUGCUGAUUAUGAAGGAAGAAGAUUCACUCUAG